AUGAACUUGAUUAGUUUGUUCGAUUUGGACGAAGAAGAUCGUCUCUGCAUUGAGCGAGGCGAGAUUCCCAAGAAGAAGAAGAAGCAUCAUAAGACUUCUCGUCCUGCUGAAGUGCUUUCUGAAGGUUCUGAAGAUGAGGACGACAAUGUGGAGUUCGAGGCUCCCAUUGAGCGUCGUAUGCUGAACCGAAAGCAUCGUAACUACCUGUCUUCGCAGGGCUUCGGCAUGAUGUCCGAAGAUGACAUGAGCCAGCGCCACAUGUUCGACCAUGUGGACGAGAAGCUGUCUGCGAUGCAUGUGGACAAGCCGGAAGAAGCGGAGGUGGAUGUGAGCGAUGUCGAUAAUGACUGGGAGGAAGAGGCGGCGCGAAGCCGACUGAAGGAUCUCAGCAAGAAGCUUGUGGUCCCUGAGAGACAGAAGAAGGUGAAGGUCUUUAAGCCCAAGUAUAAGAAAAUGAACGGAGAGGUCUAUGGCCAGCUUAAGUAAGCUGUUUUUGCCGGAUUUCGCCUGGCUUAGUUGCUGAUAGCUUGA